AUUUCAGUUUCAAUUAAAUUUAACAAGUCUCUAAACAGUGUGUACUCCAUUCCAAUUGAAAAUGAAACCCUAAAUUGAAGCUCCGUUUGUUCCUCUCCAUCAUCGCUCAAAUGUCAUUCUUAAGGUUCACCUUUCGAUCUUCUUCUUCUUCUUCGUCUCCCAUUUCUUACUUAAGGCGAUUUUACUCUCACUCUCCAUUUCAUGUUAAUAACAAUGUUGAUAAUGCUGUUUCUUCAUUCCAUAGCAUGCUUCGUAUGAAUCCAACCCCAUCCAUCGUACAAUUUAACAAGAUUUUAACUUAUCUUGUUAAGACGAAACAUUACCCCACUGCUAUUUCCCUUUCUAACCAAUUACAAUUCAAUGGAAUUAUGCCUAAUGUUGUUACUUUCAAUAUAUUGAUCAAUUGUUACUGCCACCUUCGUCAAAUGUCUUUUGCCUUUUCUAUAUUAGCUAAGAUUCUCAAGUUGGGUUAUCAGCCCAAUGUCAUAACCUUAAAUACUCUUAUCAAAGGUCUGUGUUUCAACGAUAAGGUGAAAGAAGCUCUGCAUUUUCACGACCAUGUGCUUGCACAUGGAUUUCACCUCGAUCAAGUUAGCUACGGGACCUUGAUCAAUGGACUCUGUAAAAUUGGGGAAACAAGAGCCGCCUUGCAAGUUCUAAGACAAAUUGAAGGGAAAUUGGUCAAGCCUAAUGUGGUAAUAUACACCACAAUUAUUGACAGCCUGUGUAAAGAUAAGCUUAUAAGAGAUGCUUACGAUUUAUAUUCUGAAAUGAUUGCAAAGAAUAUUUCUCCUAAUGUUUUCACUUACACUUCUCUAAUAUAUGGAUUUUGCAUUGUUGGUCAAUUGAAAGAAGCAUUUGAUUUGUUCCAUGAAAUGCCAUUGAAAAACCUCAACCCAGGUGUUUAUACUUUUACUACACUGGUCGAUGCUCUAUGUAAAGAAGGAAAGGUGAAACAAGCUAAAAAUGUGAUAGCUGUGAUGAUGAAAGCAGGCGUGGAACCUAAUGUUGCUACAUACAGUUCAUUAAUGGAUGGGUAUUGCCUAAUCAAUGAAGUGAAUAAGGCCAAAGAUAUAUUUAACACUAUGGCCCAAAGAGGAGUGAUGCCCAAUGUUCAUUGCUAUAGUGUCGUGAUUAAUGGGCUGUGUAAAAUUAAAAUGAUGGAUGAAGCCAUGAAUCUAUUUAAAGAAAUGCAAGACAAGAAGAUUAUUCCUAAUACAGUAACUUACAGUUCUCUUAUUGAUGGUUUGUGCAAAUCAGGGAGAAUCUCUCAUGCAUGGGAACUUUUUGAUCAAAUGCAUGAUAGAGGUCAACCUGCUGAUGUAAUCACUUACAAUUCCUUAUUACAUGUUCUAUGUAAAAACCGUGAUGUUGACAGGGCAAUUACAUUGGUCAAGAAAAUUAAAAUCCAAGGCAUUCAACCAAAUAUGCGCACAUACAAUAUACUUAUUGAUGGACUAUGCAAGGAAGGGAGACUUCAGGACGCACAAGGGAUUUUUCAGGAUCUUUUGACUAAAGGCUAUAAGGUAACAGUUUGGACAUAUAAUAUUAUGAUCAAUGGUCUUUGUCUAGAGGGCUUGCUUGUUGAAGCUGAGGCCCUGCUGUCAAAAAUGGAAGACAAUGGAUGCAUUCCUGAUGCUGUAACUUAUGAAACAAUUAUUCACUCAUUCUUUGAAAAUGAUAAGAAUGAAAUGGCAGAGAAACUUCUACGUGAAAUGAUUGCUAAAGGUCUAUUCUAAGAGAAAGACUAGUUAAGAUGAUUUCUUGCAACUUAUUAGGCUACUUUGAAUUUUGAUGACAAUGGUCUAAUCUUUGUUAUUCGUUUAAAUAUUUACUUAAUAGUUACAUAUACAAAGGAUGAUCGACCACACAAUGAUCAACAUAAAAACACAUGACAUCAAAUAAAAACUAUGUUGAUUUUGCUAUUAUAAUGAUACAAUUGGUUGAUGUUAUUUUAUUCUUGACAUAAUCAUAUUUUUCUUUCCAAUGUACUGUUCAUUUUCUUCAUACAGUUGUAAGGAUUUGUUUCACUCAUUGGUCAUUCUUUGAGUUGCAAAUCACAAACUAAGCUGAAAUUAAUGUAAAUUUUGAAUGGGGUUUGUAAUGUUCGCUCUCACCCUGCAGGGUUCUUGACAGAUGGACCAACAUUUUUCCAAAGGACAUAUGGAAGGAGAAUAUAAGCUAGCAUGAUUUGAUAUUACUUUUUUUGGUUGUUCUAUCGUUUGUUGAUACCAUGUCUGUCUUGUAGUAUUUCUCAUCUUUGGCUGAUGUUUGUUGUGUGUGAUACAGUUCAUGUGUCCUGUGUUAGACUUGCACAAAUUGCUGUUGUUGAGUGGUACAAGUUUUUGUGUCACUGUCAUGGGUCUAAUCACUUUCUUAUUUUGUUACUAUCUGGUAUAGGGUGCAUGACUGCGGUUCAUUUUCAUACACAAUAUGGAUUAUCUGAAUAUUGUUAUUCCUCUAGUUGGUUGAGGAUUUAGUUCCAUUUUGUGCUUGAUAUUUUCUAACCUUACAGUUCUUUUUUUGGUCUGUCUAAUCUUUCAAUUCUUUCUCUUUAGACAACAAAAUAGAAAAUUUAUAUAUCAAUGCAUAGAUCUCUUUUCUGACCUUAGAGAUAUGGUUUUAACAGUAACUUCAAAGAUAUUGGACGGUAAAGCUAUGAUAGAAGAUACUGACAUGCCAUCUAAGAUGCAGAUUCAAGCCAUGGCUUAUGCUUCUGAAGCUCUUGAUCUAUUUGAUGUUCUUGAUUGCAAAUAUAUUGCAGCCCACAUAAAAAAGGUUACAUUUUUCUCUAUAGUCCUUGAAUUUCACAUACAAUAUCCUUAAAACUUAGUCUAAUUUCUGUUUAUAUUUGAAGACUUAAGAAAAAUGCAGAUCAUUUUCCUUCAUCAUUUUCUUCUUUUUUCCCCUUAGUUGUUUGAUAUUUUCAGAUGGAGAUUAUAUUAGCAACUCCCUGGUCAUGAAGUGAAUUAGACCGUCCCUUUGCAAUUAUGGAUAUUUAGCUCAUUGAGUUCAGUAUUUUUCAUGAUAAAGUUUUUCACCUUUUCUAUCUAUCAUUAGUUUAGUAUUGCUUUGAAUAUGGUCAUUGAAUUGGUCACCUUAUCUGAAAGUUUUUUUGUGGAUGCUCUUUUUUCAAUCCUUCAUUUAUCCAUAGUCUGAUAGUGAUAGUACAACAAAAUUAGAUUAAUUACAUGCACAAAAUAAUAUAUUUUAUGAAUCACAAGUUGAUAUAUCCAGUGAAACCCACACUCUUUUAUCGCUACUUCAUCGUAAAGGGUUUCAUCAUUGAAGAAUCUAAAUGUUAGCUUUGGAUUAUAACUGGUGCUGUUCACAUCAUUAAUGGCUUUUAUUUCUUCAACUGCUUCCAUUAUCUGCUUGCAACUUGCUGGAUCAUACCAUAAAAACACAUGAUUUGACAUCAUGUGGAUUGACUAACUUUAUUCGGCCAUAUCAAACUGAAGAUGUUAGCUCUUGCGAAACUUGUUUUAUUUUUUAACAAACUUGAGAAACCUACACCAUAUCCCAUAUGGCCUUGAGAAAGAAGCAAGUAGUAGGAAAAACUGAGCAAAUAAGGAGGAAGCUCCAGAGUGACAGAAACUUGUGUAGAAGGGUAAUGAAACCAAUAUUUUCUGACAGGCAUAGCAGUUAUAAGGAGCAGAAAACCACACUUGGCUUUGUCCGAUGGUUCAUUCAUUGAACUCGUUACUUUCUCAAAAGAUUCACAAUUACUGAUAACAAAAUAUGGAAUGAACUGUGAAAGUGCCGGAAUAGAUUGAAGCAUUUUACAAUUGUAAACAUAUAGACAUUUAAAUCUGGGAAGAUGCAUAAUGGUUUCAGGCAAGCUUGUCUGGGACGAUAGUGUUAAAGACUCUAAUGACGAUAGUACGGAAAUAUUGGCUGGGAUUUCAGACAAGAUUGGAAUAUCAGUACCAAAGAUUAAGUGUUUUACACUCAGGAAGACAGGACUAUGAAGUACUUUAUGUAAGGUGAUGGAAGUGUCACGUUCACCUUUCAGUGGAUUCACAAGCCAAAUAGUAUUGGCAAAGUUUGCAGGAAGAUCUACAAGACUUUCACUCAUAGGGAAAAAAAAAAGAUUCCGAGAUUUUUUGUAUGCAAUAUUGAUGAUGAAGUUUAUUUAUUUGCACCGCACUCUGCUAAACCCAAAAAUAAACUAUCAACUGAAGCAAAUGUGACAGUGACCUCUUGGAGAUUGAUGCAAUUUGUGGCAAUAAAUUCGGAGAGGGCUGGUGAACAAGUGUUACUGGAAAGGCUCUUAAGCAAUGUGCAUCCAUUCAUGAUUAAACUUUCAAGCUUUUGGAGAAGAAAAAUUGAUGAAUCAACUUCAGGCAAGCUUAAACAACCACUAAGUUUUACAUAUUUUACAUUCGACGAACCAGACACAUUUGGAAACUCUAUUAGCAUUUCAGGACAAAAGGUUGGAGGUAGAGACUUCCACGGAUAUCCAUCCCACAAAAAAUAUCUCAAAUUUUCUGGCAAUAAGUCAAGACCACUAGUAAGGCUUACAGAUUUAAUUCCCUUGCGGUCCUGAAAAGCAAGUAACCUUAGGUUUGACAUCUUUUCAAAUGCUUUUGAGCUUAAAUUUAUGUGUAUAUUCAGUAGCAUAAAAAAAAUAUGACUUCAACAAUCUCAGUUCCUUGAAAAAUAAUAUAAAAAAUCAAUGUUUGUA